AUGAAUUGGUAACACCCAUUCGUUGAUGUCUUCAAGCAGUUCGGUGUAUUUGAGAUAGCACACACUUAAUCUAAGGGAUAGGUUUCAGUGGUUUAAGAUAAUUCAAUUGGCAGAAAGAUAAUUAGAUUGUUAGGAGCAAUAUCAGCAAACAAUAUGGUAUAGAUUCCAGAUCCUUGUUAAGGAAUCAAACAACUCGGAUUAACUGGUCGAUAUAUUUACAUUGAAUUCAUCCCAAUCAAGGGUAGAUAUUUUACUAUUCAUUUUGAUUUGCAAAUUAAAGACAGAGAUCCUUUGAUCAAACUAACAGUCUCUAACAUGUAUGAUGUUCACAAAGUUCAACAAUCACAACUAUUGAUUCCAUACCCUAAAAAUGCCCCCAACAAAUGGACCAUCCUAAUUUUGGAUGUUGAAUACUUCUUGGGUAGUUUUGGAUUGCUACCGAGCAGUUUGUAUAAGUCCUUUAAAGGAAUUCACUCAUUAAAGUCAUUUCAAAUUUGCAGUUCCAUGAACAUCAGAGGCAUAUACACAAGUGAUAAUCUCUAUGAUUGGGAUACUAUGCCCAAAUAGAUGCUCUUUAAAUUGGCCAAAGGAUAAAAAUGGACAGAGGAAUAUCAAAUUGCUUAUUGGCCUGCUUUAGAUGUCCAACCUCACGUCUUCAAAUAACCCUUAGUAGAAGUGACUACUGAUAUUCUGGAUAACCUCUAGAAAAUACAGGAAAAUAAGGAGAAGUACAAAUAGGAAACUCAAAAGUCUUUCAAGUAAGGUCAAAUUCAACACAAUACUUAAUAAAUUGAAGAGUUGGUGAAAAGGAGACCAGGAGAUUAGAAUAUAGCUUAGAGUAAGUCUGUAGAUGCACAAGAUCAUCCACUUUAGCCAUAUCCAAUUCAAUAAUUAGAGAGAAUAAUAGGAUUUACUGUCAAUUCGUGUCCUGAUAUUAAAUGGGGUAGACAAACUGAUACACAAAAAUAGAUUACAUAUGCAGCUGGAUAGUUGUUGAUUUAAAGCAAUAUCUAAGAUGGCAAGUAGAAGUUUUUUAUGGGGCAUUCUAAAGCAAUUUCAUGUUUGGAUGUCAGCAAAGAUGGAGAAUGGUUAGUGAGUGGACAGAGUGAAAAGAAUGCAAUCAUUAGAAUAUGGAAGAAUAAUUGCGAUUGUUUGAGUGCAUUUGCUACUCCAUAUUCAUAAUUGAAUUAUUUAUCUUUUAGUUAAGAUCGAAAAAUGUUAGUAACUGUUGGGCAAGAUGAGCAUAAUAGAGAAAUUAUAAUAGUUUGGGGUUUAGAGAAAAUAGAGAGUAAUAGAAAACCUAUUUUAUUUGCGAAAUAAACGAGUUCAUGUAAUAUAUUGGCAAUCAAAUUUUCGCCUGUUGAUAAUAAUAAAAUACUGUCUUGUGGACAUGAGAAUAUUAGAUUUUGGAGAAUCAAAGACGAACAUCUCCCUGGAGCAAGUGUUGUGUUAAAUCAUCAUGCGAGAAAUACUACAUUUACUAACUUUGAUUUUGAAUUCAAUUAUGAAGAUCAGAAUGUUAGUAAUAUUUAUUUUGGAUCCAAGAAUGGAUAUCUAUUUUAAGUUGCUUAUCAAUCUCAGAAAUUAAUGUAAGUGUAUAAAGUACAUAACGAUGCAGUCACAGCAGUAUGUUUAUCUGCUGGAUUCUGUAUUACUGGUAGUUUAGAUUAGUACCUUAGAGUUUGGCCCUUAGAUUUCAAUGAGUUUUACAUUGAAGCUAAACAUGAAGGCAUAAUUACUUCAUUGGACAUUUCAAUUGAUGGUCUACAAGUGGCAUGUGGAACUUCAACAGGAGGAUUGGGUAUUUUAGAUAUCAGCAGUCAUCAUUAUAAGACUGUUAUAAGAUCACACACAAAUGUGAUCAAUUAGAUUUAGGUGCAUCCAUACUCAAAGUUAUUAAUUACUUUAUCAGAGGAUUGCACAAUUAGGUUGUGGGACAUUGAGAAAUCUGAUUAAGUAUAUGAAUUCACAUUCCCAUAAGAUGAUAAGUGUGUUUGUUUGUCAUCAUCUCCAAUUGGAAUGUAUUUUGCAGCUGGAUUCAAGUCUGGAACACAUAGAAUAUUUGAUAUUGAGCAGACAUCAAUACUUUUUGAAGGAAAGUAUCAUGAUUUAGAGAUCAAAAGCAUUCAAUAUAGUCCUAAUGGCUAGUAAUUAGUGAUUGGAGAUGCUAAAUCAAUCUACAAAAUCUAUGAUGUGAGUAGAGAUUAUCAGCCUAUCAAGACCAUUCAACAUUCAAUAUAAUCUCAAAAUGUAUGUGGACAAUUUUCAAAGGAUUCUGCUAUUUUAUCAAUAAUUGAGAAUUCUACCAAUAUUGAAUUGUGGGAUACUUUAUCAUUAUAACAAAUUUUGAAGAUUUAGACAAGGUUCAAUUUGAAAAUAUUGAAGUGGGCAGAGAAUAAUGUAGAAUUACUGUGUGGAACUACAGAUGGUAGAAUUAUUAUAUAUGGAAUUGAAAGAGUUAAUGACACUAUCACAGCGUACUAUUUGAGAGAAUAGACAUUCAUGCAUAAGUAAUCAUUAAAUGACUUUGUUGUCUCUCCAAAUAUGAAAUAUCUAUUCUCUGUAGGUGCUGAAUAGUAUUUGAAGGUUUGGGAUUAUGAAUUUUAAAUUAAGGGACCAGGAUCUUGUUAGGUCUUCAUUGGUCAUUCCUCAUAAAUAAAUUCUAUCGAUUGUGCUGAUAAUGGCAGUACCAUCAUAACAGCAGGAGGAAAAGAAGGAAUAUUUGUUUGGAAGUUCCUUGGAUAUACAGGUAAGAAUGAAAGAUUGAUUAGAAUGGAAUAGGAGUAAUUAGUAUAAUAAUGUACUAAAAUUGAUAUGCAACCGGAUUAAUUUGAUUAAUAAGAGUAACAAGAUGAAUAAAAUGAAAAGUUAGAUGAUUAUUAUGAUCUCUAAGAAAACAAUGAGAAUGUUUAACCAAAUAAAGAUGCUCAUUUGCAUACAUUUUAAUAAAGUUAAUUAGUGGAAAUGUUUAGUUUAGUUAGACAAAUACCAUAGAAGGAGGAAUAAGAGGUAGAAUAAGGAUUGGCCAACAAAAAUGUCAACACACCAUUUAAGCCUGAUCACUUCAAACCAUCCAGAUUGUAAUAAGAAUUUAAGCCUAUCACUUUUGAAUUUGAAAGAUAAAUUUUAAAUAAAAGAAGAUCAAGAAGUCAAAUUAAAAAACAAUAAAAUAGAUAACAUUAAUCCACCUAAUUGCCUUUCAGACAAUACAUUUUACCACAAAAUAAAGGGCAAUCAUAACAACCUACUUUAUCUUGCAAGUACAUGGUUGGCUAUAAUACAAAAACACAUGAUAAUAUCAUAUGGUGUUAAUCCUAUGGUUGGUAUGCUUAUACAUCCCAAAAUUACAUAAUCUUUGAAAAAUUAUAAUAAGAUAGAUAACAAUAAAUUUUGAGUUUUAAUGCUACAGUGAGUGUCAUCUAUCUUGAUAAAACUGAGAAACACUUAAUUGUUGGUCUUGCACAAAAAGUAUAGGAUGCUGCUCCAAUAUAUGUAUAUGAAAUCUAAAAUAACGCUAGUCAAUUGGGAUUCAAAUAAAUUGCUUAAAUGAAUUUCCACACUCAAGGAGUUCAUCAAAUUCUGCUGACUGAAGAUGAAAAGUACCUCAUUUCUGUAGGUAAUGGAAAAGAGUGCACUGUUGUAAUUUGGGAUUUCUCAACCAAAAAAUUAAUCACUUCUUCAUAUACUUUGGAUAGAAUUAAUGAUAUCAAACUAUCAAAGUAUUCAUUUUCUAAAGAAAGAAUAAUCGAAUUUGCAACAGUUGGUAGAGAUCAAAUAUACUUAUGGGCUUUCACAAAGGAUCAUAAAUUGGAAUACUUCGAUGUUUUCAUUCCUAAGAAUGUCAAUACUAAUGAACUUGAAGAGAUAACUGCUUUUGAUUAUAUAGUUUACGAGGGUCAUAGAAACAAAUAAACAUCGUAAUCAUUAAAUCUAUCUGAGAGAGUAUCUUUUGAUAAUAGUUAAUAAUCAUAGACUGUAAAAACUGAAGAGAUUCUUUUGGAAGAAGGUUCUAAGAAUUAAAUGUCAUUUCCUUAAUUAUAAUAAGAACCAACUCAAGAAUCAAUGAAAUAAUAAUAGUAAUAGUAACAAUCAAAUAAAAAUUAAAUUACUUAAUUGCUUAUCUUGGGAUUAAAGUCAGGGGAAAUUGUAAUUAUGAAAUAUGGAGAAUUUAAAUCUAUCUAUAGAAAACAAAUUACCAAUGCUGAAAUCACUUAUCUUAAAGUGAAUUAAGCAGCAGGUAAGAUUAUAUUAGGUAGUACAGAGCAUUCUUUUUUUAUAAUGGAUAUUAAAUCUGUUUAAAGUUUGUAAUAAUUCUUAGAUUCUGGGUUUGCCUUUUAGAGAAUCCAAUUACCGGCCAUGGUUUCAUCGUAUGUGUUGGACCCCUUUCACACUCAAGGAAUCUUCGGAUUGGCUAAUGGCAAUAUUUAUCUGAUAUCUUUUACAACAAAAUAAUACUUUCUUCUGAAUGCUUCAAAUUGUGAUUAAAGUGAAAUUGAGAUUAAGCUAUGCAAAUUGGUUGAAGAUAACAUUUUAGUCACAACCUUUAAUCAAGGUAUAGUUAAAUUAUGGAGAAUGGACACGGCUGAAUUGCUCGUUGAGUAUCAAUGGGAAAAGGAAAUAGUUGAGUUUUUCUAUGAUGCUUAAAUCAAAUAGAUAGUAUUUAUAUAGGAAUUCGGUCAAAUAAAGACUAUCCAUGUUGACAGAUUGGAUAUAUAUGAUUAGUACUAUCAUAUAGGAAAAGGAGGACCUGAUAAAAUAAUUUCCUGCGUUUUUGGAAUCUUUGACUCAAUUCCAGGAAAAUUCGUUUUGGAUGAGAGUGGUCAACUCUUUUUUUUGGAGCAUUUGUACAAGAAUCAAGAAUAUAUCAUCAGAUACAUCAAAGCAUUAGAAUUACAAAAUGUCUGUAAAUUGGUAGAACAAUGUGAAAAGAGAGUAAUUUUUGCAAUAGAACAGGAUACUGGUGUAGUUUCAACAUUGUAGAUAGAUUACAAUUCAACCAGAUAAUAUCCAUUUGCGUUUACUCUCUUUGAUUAGGUGAAUUUCUUAACGAAUCCACAUGGCAAUUUAGACACUGAAUAGUCACAAAAAGACACUUAGGCACUUUACUCUUCAGUUGAUGCUUAGACUUAAAUUAUACCUGCACAAGGAUUUGAUAAUGUUUAUUUUGCUAUUCUCAACACUCUACAAUAUCUUUACGGAAGAAAUUACAAUAAGAAGCAGAUCAUCUUACUAGUCAAUCUAAACGAUUUCCCGUUGUAUUUAUCAUUAGAUAACAAUCUCAAAGUUUAUGUUGUCACUCAAAAUGGCUCCAUUGAAGUGGUUUUACCUAAUGAUGCUAUGAAUCAAAAUUAGAUUCAAAUUAGUUAAUUAAAUAGUUAAAUUGAUCAUAUUAUUUGUCAGAAAAGAAAACCCAAUUUUGUUAUCACAAACAAAACUAUCAUGAAUUUUUAUUAAUAUAUCUGA